CAAGAUGGUUGACGUCAGGUCAGGUUUGGAAAACCUAGAUGUGGGUUCCCUCCACACCAAGCAGCUGGAUCAACUCCUGGCCUUCAAGAUUAAUACCAAGAUUAACAAUGAAAAGUACCUCCGGGCUCACACGGAGAUCGAGGUGCUGCUGUCAGGAUUUCUCAGAGACGUCUUGAUGCAAAGGCCGGAGAACAUACGGGAGUUUGCCGCAGAUUAUUUCACCAACCCGGAGCUGCCGAAGAAGAUCCAGCAGCAGAUGAUGGAGAAGCUCAACCAGGCUUCUUAAGAGCCUCCCUUUGGUUGAACUCCUGCUUUUGCGCGGCCUGAAAAUGGCACCUCCCAGUUCUUCUGAACGUGGUGUUUCUCGGAGCCUUUUUCCUUCCACCAGAGUUGCCAGUAAACCAGCAAAGAG